AUGACACACUUCUUGGACUGGUUUGUUCCCUGUUACCUCAUAUUGUCUGUUCUCAUCCUGGUGGGGUUUGGGGCCUGUAUCUACUACUUUGAGCCAGGGCUAAAGGAAGCGCAUAAAUGGCGCGCUCAGAGACCUCUACUUGACAGCGAUAUUCAAAAAAGUCUUUUGAUGAGAGAUAACAUGGCGUAUAGCCUUCCAGAUGUUUAG